AUGGAGGAUUUCUCCUGCUCCUCCUUCGGCGUCGUACGGACUCAAUUUCUUCUUCUCAAUCCGUUUUCUCUGGCCCCCACUUUCCUCAUCAUCGUCGUCGUCAAGAGCUUCAGAAAGCCUCCGACUGUUCUUCCCAGAAUCGCCUUCUUCUGCUGUGAAAUGAGGAAGUCGGUGAAUCGACCUCCGACGCCAGACGCGGUGGAGGAGCAGGAAGAGAAGGAGCCUUCGCUUCAGGAAGUAAUCAACGUUAAGUUGGUCGAGAGUGGAGAGAAAGAGCGGUUGAUGGAGCUUCUGAGGGAGAGGCUGAUCGAGUGUGGAUGGAAAGACGAGAUGAAAGCUCUCUGCAGGUAAAUUUUCUUUCGCUUGGUUAGAAGUUAGAACGAGGAUACGAGAAGAACACAUAGCUUGCGCAUUUGAUCCGCUGCUUUACCAAUGCCGAUUGCUUUUGCCUCACCGAAGUAUUUCAGUGGUCAUGUAUGCUCUCAUUUGAAUGAAAUCAUCCCAUUGAUUAUUGAUUAUGAAUGAGUAGAUGGGAUGCUUUCCACCAUAUUUCAGCCUUUGCUGUGUAGAGUUAUGAAUUGGGUGUUCCAUUUAUGGCUCGACAGCUUCAGGUGUGCACUAUGCAAUCACUGAAACUUCACCAUCGUCCAACCUGUGCGAGCUUAUAGCCCUUGAAUGCUCAGUUAUUGAUUGAACGUCUGUGCCUUGAAAGAGUCUAGUUUAUAUAUCAUUUGCUAAAGAGAAUGGGGAUGAGCGAAGAGUACUCCUGCAAGCAUAUGUUUUGAACGUGAUGUUGUGAGGAAUUCAGGAUGUUAUGAUCAAAGUUAUGCUUGCAUCUUUUGAGCUUUUGUCAAACUUCUUCUGAGUGUUUGACAAGCUUGUUAACUAGCCCCUCUUUUCUCAAGUCAAAGUUGCAGACUUCACUGCAAAUGUCCACACAUUUUGGAAAUAUAUUGGUAGUUUUGCUUCAUUUCAGGGCUUUCAUAAAGAAGAAAGGCAGGAGUAACGUGACUGUGGAUGAUCUUGUACAUGUGAUUACACCUAAAGGCAGAGCCUCGAUUCCUGAUUCGGUUAAGGCCGAGCUGUUGCAAAGAAUUCGUGCUUUUCUAGUGCAAGCCUCGGUUUAGUUUGUCCCUUGCCCUACCUUGUUUAGCUAGAGUUGUGGAUUGCCUGCAUGGAACCUUCAAACCAAGUAUAGUGCGAAAGAGAAAUUGUUCCAGAUGUUGACAGUCUACUUGGAAGGAACCAAGCGGGCUGCUGCUGCUGCAGUCUGUCUGCUGCAAUCCACCCAAAUGCUGCAAAUCUUGAACAAAAUGCUCAGAAAUAUUAGAUGUUACUUACAAAAUGUGUAAUGUAUCAUAAUACAAUAUACUUGUGUGCUUUCUGGAGCGAAUUUUAGCAGAUUGCUUAUGUAAUGUUUCCGAAAUUUGUGGUAUGAAAUUGGAUCGAGCUGGCUCUUUGCGUGUAUUU